UAUCCUUGUGACUCACACUCUUCCUGACUUGAACAGGUAUUCUGAUUGCUAUGGCAGCCACAAGAAAUGUGAUGAGAGCUGUCAGAGUUUUUGAAUUUGGUGGCCCUGAAGUGCUUAAACUCCAGUCAGAUGUCUUAAUUCCUGAUCCAAAAGAAAAUCAGGUGUUAAUUAAAGUCCAUGCCUGUGGAGUAAAUCCUGUCGAGACAUAUAUUCGUUCUGGAAAUUAUGCUAGAAAACCAGCUUUACCCUAUACUCCUGGCUCAGAUGUGGCUGGUGUGAUAGAAGGUGUUGGGGAACAAGUGACUGCAUUCAAGAAAGGUGACCGGGUUUUUACCACUGGUACAAUCUCUGGAGGAUAUGCAGAUUAUGCAGUUGCUGCAGCUAACAGAGUCUUUCCUUUGUCGGAUAAAUUGGACUUUAGGCAAGGAGCAGCGAUUGGAAUACCCUACUUCACCGCUUAUCGUGCUCUUUUCCAGAAAGGGCGUGCCAAAGCAGGGGAAAGUGUGCUAGUGCAUGGUGCAAGUGGGGGAGUGGGAAUAGCAGCAUGUCAGAUUGCCAGAGCUUGUGGUUUAAAGGUUUUGGGUACAGCAGGAACUGAGGAAGGCGUGAACAUGGUUCUGAGAAAUGGUGCUCACCAAGCAUUUAAUCACAGAGAAGCUAAUUACACUGAUAAAAUCAAGGAAUACAUAGGGAUGGAAGGAGUUGAUAUAAUAAUAGAAAUGCUCUCUAACGUCAAUCUUGCUACUGACUUGCAACUGUUGUCCUAUGCAGGAAGGGUGAUGGUUGUGGGCUGUAGAGGUCCUAUUGAGAUAAAUCCAAGAGACACUAUGAGUAAAGAAUCUAGCAUAAUUGGAGUUAGUCUGUUUCUUGCAACUGAGGAGGAGAGGCAUGAAUGUGCAACAGCACUCCUUGAUGGCAUAGAAGCUGGCUGGCUGAAACCAACUGUAGGCUCUGAAUAUCCACUGGAGGAAGUAGUUAAGGCUCAUAAAGACAUUAUUUGUAGCAGUGGUGCUCGAGGAAAGAUGGUGCUCCUUCCAUAAAGUCUCUUUCCAUUUAUUUUGUAGUUGUUCUAACUGCACCUUUGCUUACAUAAUUCAUUGUAUGUUAUAAAACAUACUUUUGAUCAGGUUUGACAGUAACAACAAAUGCUAACUUACAUUAAUUAAUUAACAAUCUAUUUUCUUUUUGUAAUAAGCAGAGUUGUGCAUACUUUAAAGUAAUUUUUAUAGCCUUUUUGGCUGAAGUGGAAAUAAUAAAAUUUCUCUGCUGGUGUGGCCCUUGUGAUGCAGGGGAAACUAAUAUCUAGGAUAGAAUUUGAUACCAUGCUCUAUGUGAAGUCAUAGUGAGGCCACUGUAGGUAGUGCAAAAUGGAAGCCUGCUUUUUAGGCAGAUACACAAAUGUAUAUAACUAACUAUAUGCAUAUAAUUAGGACUCCAUAAAUUCUUUAGCCACAAAAUUUGUCUCAUUCAUCUUUUGUCACAUGAUUUACUUGGAAGAAAAGCUUUUACUGCCCAAACAGUUCACUCUCCAGCUCAAAAGAUGGCCAAAGAAUCUCUCCAGUAUGAACUGUUCGGAAGCAGGGGCAGUUUCAUUUUGCUAUGCCAGACUUAGUAGCUGAGGUGAAAGUGUCCCAGUUAAUCCAAAGGGACCAUAACUCUGAAGCUGUGUGCUAAUAUUUGCUACUUAGCAACUGAUCAUAUUGGCAAAACCAGCUGAUUCCUUGGCGGUAAAUGGCUGGGUAGCAAGGAUUUAAAUUCUUCCUGUGACCUUUAUUAAAUUUAAAGUCACCUGAUUCCCUGGCUACAAUGAGGAGAAAAGAGAGGCUGCACUGCUUUCAUGGGUACUAAGAAUUUGUGUUAUUUCAUAAAUGAAUGUGUAUACAUUCUUGACUUGUUCCAAAUACAAUUCAAAUAAGGAAGCAUAAUUUCUUUGAUAUGUUGUCAGUUUUUACACUCAAAAUACUAUUUGGUGUUACAGGCACUUCCUUUUAAUGUUAUAAUUCUGUAAGGAGCAAUGAAGUCAUCACAUGCA